UACCGAUUUUCCUCCGAUUAAUUUCGGGUCCGAAUCGGAGCGCUUCCUGCGAUCUCCCCCGUCGAGCGUUAUUCCAUGGCGAGAGAGAACGGCGCAUCUGCAAUGGAGGUCGACGACUCCCAAUCCGAUCCCAACAUGCAGAAAUUCUCCAUCAAUGUGUUGCAGCUCUUGAAAUCUGCUCAGAUGCAGCACGGUUUGCGUCACGGAGAUUACACUCGCUAUCGGAGAUACUGCACGGCUCGUCUUAGGAGGCUGUACAGGUCACUGAAGUUCACGCAUGGCCGCGGUAGAUAUGCACGGAAGGCCGUGACUGAAUCCUGUGUCACUGAAGUCAGGUUUCUUCAUUUAGUUCUCUACACCGCAGAGAGGGCUUGGAGUCAUGCAAUGGAGAAAAGACAACUUCCGGAUGGUCCAAAUUCCCGACAACGUAUACAUUUGAUUGGUAGGCUGAGGAAGGCUGUAAAGUGGGCUACCUUGUUCUCACAGUUGUGCUCUGUGAAAGGAGAUUCGCGGACAUCUUUAGAAGCUGAGGCCUAUGCUUCCUAUAUGAAAGCGAACCUUUUGUUUGAGCAAGAUCGGAAUUGGGAUACUGCAUUGAUGAAUUUUAAGAGUGCCAGGGCUGUUUAUGAGGAACUAGGUAAAUAUGGGGACUUAGAAAAUCAAGUGUUGUGUCGUGAGCGAGUUGAGGAGCUGGAACCGAGCAUUCGGUAUUGCUUGCACAAAAUUGGCGAGUCCAAUCUCCAAACCUCUGAAUUUCUGCAUAUUGGGGAGAUGGAAGGACCGGCGCUCGACCUUUUCAAAGCAAAAUUAGAGGUGGUUAUGGCUGAAGCAAGAACCCAACAGGCCGCAUCACUGACAGAGUUCCAUUGGCUUGGUCAUAGAUUUCCUAUUUCAAAUGCAAAGACUCGAGUUGCCAUUUUAAAGGCACAAGAUCUAGAGAAAGAUUUAAAUGGUCCAGCAGCAGAAUCCCUUUCAUCAGAGAAAAGAUUGACUGUCUUUGACAAAAUAUUUGCUGCUUAUAAUGAGGCGAGGAGUUGCAUCAGAAAUGACCUGGUCAGUGCCGGUAAUGCUGAAAAUGUGAAAGAUGACCUGAAUGGUCUUGACAAGGCUGUUAGUGCUUUACUAGUACAGCGAACCAUUGAGCGCAACCAGCUUUUGGUCAGCAUUGCCAAGAGUAGACUCACUAAGCGUCGUGAGGAAAAAAAUGAGAAAGUUACCAAGCCUGAAGAGCUCGUUCGCUUGUAUGAUCUCCUACUUCAGAAUACUGCUGAUCUUUGCGACCUACUAACUUCUGGAAGAGACCAAAAAUCGGAAGAAGUGGCACUAGCAGAGGAGUGUGAACUUAAGACUCUUGUUUUGCGAGCGGAAAGGUGCUUUUACUUAGCCUUGUCAUAUGGUUUGGCUGGAAAAAGGGUGGAAGCAUACAUGUUGUAUUGUCGUGCUCGCUCUUUAGCAGAGGAGGCUCUUCAAAGAUGUGACAGUGCAGGCAGUAGUGAUGAGACGAUGCGGAGAGAGUUGAAGACUUUACAUGACGAGAGCAGAUCUAACAGUUGCAUAGAGCAUGCAAAAGGAAUUAUAGAGGAGUUUAAGGGUCCUGAGAAUCUCUCGAAGAAAAUAUCUACUAUAUCAUUGUCUGGGACUGAUAAGAAGCUGGAGAAACUUCUCGAGAAACUUGAUGUGUAUGAAUCUUCAGUCGGCGAUUCUUCGGUGAAAGGUGUUACUCACAUUGCAGCCUUCCCUCCUGCUUUUGAAGCAGUGCCCCGUAAUCCCAUUGUUCUCGACCUCGCCUAUAACUGCGUAGAGUUCCCAUCUCUCGAAAGCAGAAUGAAGAAGGACAAGAAGGGCUUCAUAAGCAGGCUAUGGCGAUGAGCCCUGUAGAUGAGGUUUCUGAUUGCGCAGAUUCAUCUUCCAUCUGCUCCCCGUUUCAUGAUCGAUUUAAUCUUGUGGGGAGGGGCGUGUCGAAUUUUGGCUUACAUUGCUUGCAUUUUAGCGACGGACCUCCAUUGUGCUUCUUUUUGAAAGUUUAGGUGCUCGUAACUUUUUCGGUUGACAAACAACUGCAUAAAGCCUCUUCUUCUACAAGCAUGAUGCCGAGGAAAAUGAAGCAUAGCUUGAAAUUUCAUCCGGUUUACUUCAUUAUAUUCCGCAUCUAGCUACCAGGAAA